AUGAAGGAGCUCUCUGCGGCCCUGCUGCUGUGUCUGGCCCAGCUCUGUUUCCUCUCCAGCUUCUUGGGCCGGGGUCUCGCUCAGGAGGCCGACGCGCUCCGGCAGGGGUUGACAUGGCAACACAACGGCCAGGUUUUCCGCAUCCUGAGCCGCGGGGCUCAGUACCAGCCGUCCAGCAGGAGGCACAGCGGCUCGGCUCGCAGAGAAAACCCCGUCGUGGUCCUCAGCAACAAUAACGACACGGUCCCCGCCGCGUCCCGGGGCUCUCCGCGGGUCCCCGCCAGCAGCGGCACUGCGCAAUUACGCAUGGCGCAGCGGCAGCGCCCGCAGCGCCCGCCUGCGGAGAGCACCGGCGACUCUGCCCCGGUCAGACGGGAGGACAUGAUGGUCGGAGACGAUCCGUACGACCCGUACAAGUCCUCUAACUAUAACCCUUAUUACAACUACUACAACUCGUACUACAGACCCAGGCCGCGGGCGCAGCCCCGGCACGGCUACGGCACCAGCUACCACCAGAAUGGUCUGCCUGAUCUGGUUCCUGAUCCGUACUACAUCCAGAUCGCCACCUACGUCCAGAGAUCCCCCAUGUACAACCUGCGCUGUGCUGCCGAGGAGAACUGCCUGGCCAGUUCCUCUCGUUACUCUCAGGAUUAUGACACUCGGGUUCUGCUGCGGUUCCCUCAGAGGGUGAAGAACCAGGGAACCGCCGACUUCCUGCCCAGCCGACCUCGCUACGCCUGGGAGUGGCACAGCUGCCACCAUCACUUCCACAGCAUGGACCAGUUCAGCCUGUACGAGCUGCUGGACUCCAGGACGCAGUCCCGCGUGGCCGAGGGACACAAGGCCAGCUUCUGCCUGGAGGACACGUCCUGCGACCCGGGAUACUACCGCCGCUACGCCUGCACCUCACACACACAGGGUCUGAGUCCCGGCUGCUAUGACACCUACAACGCUGACAUCGACUGCCAGUGGAUCGACAUCACCGACGUCUCACCUGGGAAAUACACCCUGAAGGUGACAGUCAACCCCGGGAACCAGGUGCCUGAGUCCAACUUCAACAACAACGUGGUUCGCUGUGACGUGCAGUACACAGGCACAGCGGCACACGUGUCGGGCUGCACCAUGACCUCGUAA